AAGAGAGAGAGAAGAGAAGGUCUUAUUGGGUUUGAAUGAGAUUAGUGACCGCAGCAGCCUUUCUUCUGUUAUCCUCAGCCAAACCUCCUCCGUCUAGGGUUUUUUACUCUUCCCAUCUCCGCCGCCCUUUUCUCUCUCACUUCCGUUUAUUUUCCUCUUCGUCGUCCUCCGUUGCAGUCAUGCCGGGUUCCGAACCAUCUGAGAUUCAGUGGCCAGCGAAGAGAGUCAGGGAUACUUAUUUUGAUUUCUUCAAAGGCAAAAGUCACAAGUUCUGGCCAUCAAGCCCUGUUGUUCCUCACAAUGAUCCUACUCUUCUCUUCGCUAACGCUGGAAUGAACCAAUAUAAGCCAAUAUUUUUGGGAACCGCAGACCCAAAUACUGAGCUCAGCAAGCUAACUCGGGCAUGUAACACUCAAAAGUGUAUUCGUGCUGGUGGAAAGCAUAAUGAUUUGGACGAUGUCGGCAAAGAUACUUACCAUCACACCUUCUUUGAAAUGCUUGGUAACUGGUCAUUUGGAGAUUAUUUCAAGACCGAAGCUAUUGGAUGGGCUUGGGAGCUCUUAACCAAGGUCUAUGGGCUACCGACUGAUCGAAUUUACGCUACCUAUUUUGGUGGUGAUGAGAAAGCCGGCCUUCAACCAGAUAAUGAGGCUAGAGAUAUAUGGUUGAAGUUUCUUCCACCUGGACGUGUACUGCCCUUUGGUUGCAAAGAUAAUUUCUGGGAAAUGGGUGACACAGGUCCCUGUGGGCCUUGUACUGAAAUACAUUAUGAUCGUGUUGGUAACCGUGAUGCUGCAUCUUUAGUUAACAAUGACGAUCCAACAUGUUUAGAAAUAUGGAAUCUUGUCUUUAUUCAGUUCAACAGAGAAAGUGAUGGCUCGCUAAAACCUCUGCCUGCUAAGCAUGUUGAUACCGGAAUGGGCUUCGAGAGGCUGACUUCUGUUCUUCAGAACAAAAUGAGCAACUAUGAUACAGAUGUGUUCAUGCCUAUCUUUGAUGACAUUCAAAAGGCCACGGGAGCUAGGCCAUAUUCUGGAAAAGUUGGUCUGGAAGAUGUUGACAGAGUUGACAUGGCGUAUAGAGUGGUUGCUGAUCAUAUUAGAACCCUGUCAUUUGCUAUUGCGGAUGGCUCUCGCCCUGGUAAUGAGGGCCGCGAGUAUGUUCUGCGGCGUAUUCUCCGUCGAGCGGUUCGCUAUGGAAAAGAGAUCCUAAAAGCUGAAGAAGGAUUUUUCAAUGGGCUUGUAAGUUCUGUUAUACGGGUGAUGGGCGAUGUCUUUACAGAGUUGAAGGAACAUGAGAAAAAGAUCACAGAGAUAAUAAAAGAAGAGGAAGCAAGCUUUUGCAAGACCUUGGCGAAGGGAAUUGAGAAAUUUCGGAAAGCUGGACAGGCGGUUCAGGGAAAUACACUGAGUGGAGAUGAUGCUUUUGUCUUAUGGGAUACAUAUGGUUUCCCGUUAGAUUUGACUCAGUUGAUGGCUGAAGAAAGAGGGUUGCUGGUUGAUGUUGAUGGUUUCAACAAAGCCAUGGAGGAGGCGAGGGAAAGAUCAAGAAGUGCCCAGAAUAAGCAAGCUGGUGGUACCAUUGUUAUGGAUGCUGAUGCUACAUCAACAUUGCACAAGACUGGUGUGUCAGCAACAGAUGAUUCUUCUAAAUACAUUUGGUUCCAGGACCACGAGAGUGAACUAAAGGCAAUCUACACUGGCUCAGCUUUCCUGAAAAGUUCAGCUGCUGCUGAUAACGUGGGACUAGUAUUGGGGUCUACAAGUUUCUAUGCAGAGCAGGGGGGCCAGAUUUUUGACACAGGACUUAUAGAAGGGUCAUUUGGUACAUUCAAUGUAUGCAAUGUCCAAAUAUUUGGCGGCUUUGUUCUUCAUAUUGGUUAUCUUUCUGAAGCAACUGGAGAGGUAUCUGUGGGAGAUAAAGUGAUUUGCAAGGUUGACUAUGAGAGGCGUAAACUCAUUGCUCCUAAUCAUACUUGUACACAUAUGUUGAAUUAUGCCCUGAAGGAAGUGCUGGGGGAUCAUAUUGAUCAGAAGGGAUCAAUAGUUCUUCCUGAAAAACUGCGAUUUGAUUUCUCCCACGGCAAGCCGGUUGAUCCUGAAGAUUUGAGAAAGAUCGAAUUGAUAGUGAAUAAACAGAUCAAGGAUGAAUUGGAUGUAUUUUCCAAGGAAGCAGUGCUUUCUGAAGCCAAGCGCAUCAAAGGUCUAAGAGCAGUGUUCGGAGAAGUAUACCCUGAUCCUGUCAGAGUGGUGUCGAUUGGGAGACAGGUCGAGGAUCUCUUGGCCGAUCCUGAAAACAGUGAAUGGUCUUUGCUUUCUUCUGAGUUUUGUGGAGGAACCCACAUAACAAAUACCCGCGAAGCUAAAGCGUUUGCGCUUCUAUCGGAGGAGGGAAUUGCUAAAGGUAUUCGUAGGGUAACUGCUGUAACUACUGAAUGUGCCUUUGAUGCAUUGAAUGCUGCGUCCGUACUGGAAAAGGAAGUAGAGGAUGCGUCCAAGGCAGAGGGAAGUGCAUUGGAAAAGAAAGUUUCCGCUUUGAAAAGCCGAGUAGAUGCAGCAAUUAUCCCAGCAGCUAAAAAGGCAGAUAUCAGGGCUAAGAUUGCUUCGCUUCAGAAUGAGGUAAGAAAAGCUCAGAAGAGAAUAGCGGAACAAAACCUGAAGAAAUCUGUCAAAGUAGCAAUAGAGACAGCGGAGUCAGCAGCAUCAGAUGGGAAAACUUUCUGCAUAAUCCAGCUGGAUGUAGGUCUUGAUGCAGCAGCUGUGCGAGAGGCCGUUUCAAAAGUCAUGGAAAAGAAGGGAAUGUCGAUAAUGGUGUUCAGCACAGAUGAAAGCACAAACAAGGCGGUUGUCUGUGCAGGAGUCCCAGAAAAAUCCGAUCAAUUCAAGCAGUUAGACGUCACCGAAUGGUUGACAACUGCAUUGGGUCCUCUAAAAGGCCGAUGUGGAAAAGGGAAAGGUGGUCUUGCAUCAGGACAGGGAACGGAUGCUUCCCAGGUGCAGGCGGCUUUGGAUAUGGCUGCAUCAUUUGCAUCAAUGAAACUCAACUGAUUUGGUCGGAGAUCUGUAUGGGCUGAGUAACCUCUACUUUGUUGAUUUCAUUUUAUACCGAUUUACACAUGUUCAAAAAUCUGUUAGUUUAUUUAUCAGUUGUGAUGGAAUUUGUGGUAUCACACUUCAGUCAAACAGUAACCUUUUAAUGUAUACUCCCUUGUGAGACUGUCCUUUUCAGUUUGGGUUUAAGUGGUUCUGUUUUUACA